GCUGGCGGCGCACGCGCAGCCUCAGUUAUUGUGCACUGAGCGACUCUGUGAGUCGGCUCGGUGCUCAGGGGCCGCUGGGAAGAUGGCCGGACUGGGCAUGGCGGCUCUGGGCGCUUGGGUACCUUGCCGGAGGUGGAGCAAAGCGGCAGUCUUCGGCUUCCACCGUGGCCUCACCGCGUUACUCGCCGGGAAGCCCGAGGGAACGCCGCUGUGGCUCCCAGCUUGCAGACAAAAGACAUCAGUCUCUUUCCUUAGUCGACCAGACCUUCCAAACCUGGCUUAUAAGAAGCUAAAAGGCAAAAGUCCAGGAGUUAUCUUCAUCCCUGGCUAUAUUUCUAAUAUGAAUGGUACAAAAGCAUUGGCGAUUGAAGAGUUUUGCAAAUCUCUAGGUCACGCCUAUAUAAGGUUUGAUUACUCUGGAGUUGGAAAUUCAGAUGGCAACUUACAAGAAUGCACAGUGGGAAGAUGGAGAAAAGAUGUUCUUUCUAUAAUUGAUGACUUAGCUGAAGGGCCACAGAUACUAGUUGGGUCUAGCCUCGGUGGAUGGCUUAUGUUUCAUGCUGCAAUCGCAAGGCCACAAAAGGUUGUUGCCCUUAUUGGUAUAGCAGCAGCUGUAGAUGGCCUAGUGACACAGUUCAGUCAGCUUCCUGUUGAGGUCAAAAAGGAAGUAGAGAUGAAAGGCGUGUGGGCCAUGCCAUCAAGGUACAGUGAAGACGGAAUUUAUCACAUUCAGUAUAGUUUCAUUAAGGAAGCCGAACACCACUGCUUGUUCCAUAGCCCUAUCCCAGUGAACUGCCCCAUACGAUUGCUCCAUGGCAUGAAAGAUGACAUCGUGCCUUGGCAUACAUCCAUACAGGUUGCUGACCGAGUGGUCAGCACAGAUGUAGAUGUCAUCCUCCGGAAACAUAGUGAUCAUCGGAUGAAGGAGAAAGCAGACAUUCAACUCCUUGUUUACACUAUUGAUGACUUAAUUGAUAAGCUUUCAACUGUAGUUAACUAGAAUCACAUUAUUAGUUGGUAUGUAAACUCAUGGAUCCAGAAGAUUGGCAGAGGGAUAACAAAUGAAAGAUCUGAUACUUAGGUUUUUUCCUCUUGUCUCUACUUUGUAAAUAUCACACGAGUAUUUAUUUAAUGAUGUAUAAUACAAAUGAUACAAAUUGUGAAGAAAGUACAAGCUGCUGUUUGGAAAAUUUUCUCCUUCCUUCAAUCCUUGGCUUUUUUUAAUAGAAGUAUAGUUGCACACCAGUGUUAUAUAAUAGUUUCAGAUGUACAACAUAGUGAUUGAACAGCUCUAUAUGUUCCGCUCUGCUCACCACAGACGUACCUGCUGUCUGUACGGUGCAGCGCUAUUACAGUACCAUUGACUCUGUUCCCUGUGCGGUAGGUUUCAUCCCUGCGACUUACUCAGUCUGUAGCUGGAAGCCUGGACCUCCCACUCCCCUUCACUUAUUUUGGUUCAUCCCCCCACCCCCCCGACAGCCACCAGUUUGUUCUCUGUAUAUAUGGGUCUGUUUCUGCUUUGUUUUGCUUUUUAGGUUCCACACAUAAGUGAAAUCACAUCAUAUUUGUCUUUCUCUGUCAGACUUAAUUUCACUUAAUCUAAUACCCUCUAGGUCUAUCCAUAUUAUACAUUUUUUUUAAUUAAAAUAUUUCUUUUUUAUUGAAGAGAUGUUUACCUGCUAAAUGCUCAUGUUAACUGGGACAGCUCUUAAUUGUGUUCUCUUCUACUUAGAAUUGUUAAUAAAGCUGGAAUUUUUUGUCUUUUG